AUGUCUUAUGCAGCUAGGGAGGUGCUCAUUAAAGCAGUGGCACAAUCUAUUCCUACUUAUGUUAUGAGUUGUUUUAAACUUCCUGAUAGUCUAUGCGAUCACAUUGAGAGCAUGAUUAGUAAGUUUUGGUGGGGCAGUAAACAUGGGGAACGUAAAAUUCACUGGGUGGCUUGGAAAUCUCUUUGUAAGGAGAAAAAGGAAGGAGGUAUGGGGUUUAGAACCAUCAAAGAAUUUAAUUUAGCUAUGUUAGCUAAGCAAGGGUGGCGUAUUCUACAAAAUGAAGAAAGCUUGCUUACUAGAUGCUUGAAAGGAAGAUAUUUUCCUAGAAGCAAUUUUCUACAUGCAACCUUAGGAUAUAACCCAAGUUACACAUGGAGAAGUAUUUUUCUAGCUAGAUUGGAGAUUAUUGAUCAUGCUGGUUUAUGGAAAGUGGGUGAUGGCCAGAGCAUUAAAAUUUGGGAGGAUAAUUGGUUACCGUUCCAACAAGGUUACAAACACAACAAAUUAGUCAAAUUCCUCUCUCUUUCAAUAAACCACCAGAUUGCUUUAUGUGGGGAGCCAACAAAGCCGGUGAGUUCUCUGUCAGGUCAGCUUAUAAGUUCUUAA